AUGAGAUCUUUUAUAUGGAACCCAUGGUUCAACCCAAAGGAGGAGACAUCAAAGGCAGUAGCUUGGAUAAGCUUCCCUGAACUGCCCCCAAAUUUUUUUGUUAAAGAGGCAGUCUUCUCCAUAGCAACUGCAGUUGGAAAACCACUAACGGUGGAUCUGGCUACAGCAAACAAGACAAGGCCAAGCUGCGCAAAAAUCAAAGUCGAGGUAGAUUUAUUAGCAACUUUACCAAAAAGGAUUAACAUUGUAGAAGAGGACGCAUCAGGAAUACUAAAAUCAAAAUGGGUAAGGAUAAACUAUGACUACCUACCAAAAUAUUGCAAACACUGUAGACUUCAAGGUCAUGAGGAAAAAGAAUGUAGAAGUCUUAAUCCUGAUUUGGCUAAACAGUUUAAAGAAGAUCUACGGAAGGAAAAUACACAAGGAAUUGACACAGACACACAAAAUAAAGAAGACAAUCAUGGAAGAAGGGGAGGGUACACUACUGGUAAACAAGAAUGGAUGCAAAGAAGGAGCAAAUACAAGAAGGAUAAAUCAGGGAUUAUAAUCGGGGAAGUGAGUCCAAUACAAAAGAAUAAGGAUAUAACCAUGGCAAACACCAACCCUUUUGCAACACUGGAAGAGGUCCUAGAAAAACAAGAUAAUAUGAAUAAAACACAACUACCACAAGAAGAUACUAGAACAUGGAUUGAGAAGAGUUUCUAUGCUCACAAAAAUCAAACAAAGGAAACAGUCAAUAUCACUAAUGGUACAGAACAAACACAAGGAGAUAGCAACAAAAAGGGACAGAAAAACUGCAACAAUCACCUGGAAUCAUUUACUGAUCAACACAUAGUAAAUGAUAUUGAGGAGGAUAUCUUACCUGAGAAUCCACAAAUACAGACACCAAAAUGA